AGUUGGCUUGCUUUUGUGUACACUUGAUUGUAGAUCGAGCGUGCCGGACAAAGAAAAUGGCUGCCUAAUGCUUAUGUAUCCAAGUGUUUGCCGCUUGUAUUUGACAGUUACGAAGAAAGCUGCAUUCAUAUUUCAGGUGACAGAUGGGAAAAAUAUACAGGAACACUCAUAGCGUUCUUAAGGGGACUUGGACUCUGCUACAGUGGAAGUCAUGGUUGAAUCUUUAAACAACCAGGAGCAAGAGCUUCUUCAGAGCUAUGACAGUCGACUCUUUGGUUUCAUGAGAUGGUUUGAGCCCAUUUGUGAGGGUGCUCAGAGAGUUAAUCACGGUAAUUUAUUGCAAAAAGGAAUUCAGUUCUUGGAAAAUAAACUUAAAGCUGAAGGAAAGCAAGCAGACACAAGAAUUUAUUGCCAGCUUGGCCAUUUUCACCUCCUCUUAGAAGAUUUUAACAAAGCUAUGUCUGCAUACCAGCGUUUUUUCAAUUUACAUGAAGAGUAUUUCAAGGAUGCACCGUUUUUGUAUGGUUUAGGAAUAGUAUAUUUUCACUUUAAUGCAUAUCAGUGGGCAAUUAAAGCAUUUCAGCAAUUGUUAUAUAUAGAUCCAAGUUUUAACAGAGCAAACGAAGUCCAUUUGAGACUUGGUCUUAUGUUCAAGUCUAUGGCAAAUUAUGAUGCUAGUUUGAAGCAUUUUCAACUUGCGCUGCUAGAUUCAAAUCCUUGUUCUCUUUCAAAAGUUGAGAUUCAGUUUCAUAUAGCUCAUUUAUUUGAGAUGCAGUCAAAAUUUGAUUUGGCAAAAGAAGCCUACCAAGCCAUUAUUAGUGCAAAUGGGAUGCCUCCUCAUAUACAGUCAGUUGCUUGGAGGCAGCUAGGAUGGAUGUUUCAUUCGCACGAACAAUUAGGAGAGAAAAAUCAGAGGACGAAGGAGGCUGUAGACUGCCUGCAGAAGUCACUAGAACUAGAUCCUUCCAGUGGAUCAUCCUGGUAUUUUCUAGGGAGAUGUUAUUCACAACUUGGAAGAGUACACGAGGCCUUCACUGCGUACAGGCAUGCAAUAGACAAAGCAGAGGCUAAUGCUGAUACAUGGUGUUCCAUUGGAGUGCUAUAUCAACAGCAAAACCAGCCAAUGGAUGCCUUGCAAGCUUAUAUCUGUGCUGUUCAAUUAGACAACUCGCAUUCGGCCGCCUGGACGGACCUAGGGGUGCUAUAUGAAUCGGGAAACCAAAUCCAAGAUGCCAUCAUCUGUUAUACAAAUGCUUUGAGAUCAUGCGGAACUGCAAAUCCGAGCUUAGAGAGUCGAAUGAGGUAUUUGCAGAGUCAGAUGACAAGUCACCCGGCCCCCGAUGCCGCCAAAAAGAGUCUACCAAACAUUGAAGAAGCUUGGAAGUUGCCAAUACCAGCUGAACUGACAACCAGAACUGUCCGCCUUGUUCAACAGGCGCGUAUCAAUCAACAAGCAGCUUUAAGCCUUCAAAACCAAAGCCAAACUCAGCCGCCUGAAGGAGAAAACAAACAAGCUCAAGCCACCAGCAUGGCCUCUGAAAUGGCACCGAGGCUGAAUCCACAGCAGCCCGCUUUUGCGGCUGGGCAGCCAAUUGCCUCGCUACCACAUGACAUGAACUCAGCAAUCCCCCUUGGGCAUGGCCAGACAAAUUUGAAUGGCUCGCAAAAACUCAAUGAAAAAGAAAAACUUAGCAAGUCACUUCCACUCGAAUCUGUCAAUUUAAAUGAAACGUGGAAUAAAUCGUCACAAUCACAUUUAGCCCAUCAAAAUAACAAUCCAAUUUUUGCCUCACAUCUUACAAGAAAUGGAGGAGAGCAGACCCUCAAUGCUGUCAACGGUCUAGGGAGCCAAUCAGAGUUCAGCAACUAUCCAACUACAUCAUCAAUGGUGUCUCCACUACUCUCUCCUAAAGUGUCCCAUAUCAAUGGAGGUGUCCCGAGCUAUCAGCAGCCUCUGUCUAUAACGAACCCUUCCAACGUGCUUUUGUCACCUGGCGUGGUCUCGCCCAAUCUGUUAUCGCCUCAUCAGCCACUGCUGUCACCAAAUACUCCUAAAAUUGGAGCAAACACUAAUGGCUUCAAAAUACCAAAGAUAUCCCUGCUUUUCAAUCCAAAGGAGGUACCAAGGGCUCCCCCUCCACCACAGCCACAGUUACCAAUUGAAAAGCUUUCACCACCAACACCCAGCAUAACCGUCGAGUCAAGGAAAGAUGCUAUGUCAGUUGCAUUGAAAAGAUUUUGCAUGGACCCCAACAAUCCAGUGACUGUUAUCAGAGGCAUUUGUGAAGCUUUAAAAAUAGAUUUGAGCUUAUUCACUACAAAGAGACUUGUGGACGACCACCCAGAUUUCACCGUGGAAAUCAGACAUCAGCGACAGCAAGCACCUGACGAGAACUGGGAUGCUGAAGGAACUAAGCAAGUUUGGUACUGUGAAAGUAGCAGGUCUUCGACUACAAUUGCUAAAUAUGCAAAAUACCAAGCCAAGUCUUUCAAAGAACAUUACAAUGAAAACAAAGACGGAGCAAACUUAACAACAGACAGUGAUUCUUCUUCGGGCGACCGAAAGUUGAAGAAAUCUGGUAACUUUACUAUGAUUAAAUUCGGCACUAAUGUGGACCUCUCGGACACUAAAAAAUGGAAACCACAAUUGGCAGAACUUGCAAAGCUUCCCCCUUUCAUGAAGGUUGUUAGCGGAUGCAACAUGUUAAGCCACGUGGGACAUAAUGUUCUCGGAAUGAACACAGUACAGCUUUACAUGAAAAUUCCCGGAUGUCGAACCCCAGGCCAUCAGGAGAAUAACAAUUUCUGUGCGCUUAACAUUAACAUUGGACCAGGUGACUGCGAGUGGUUUUGCACUCCUAAAGAGUAUUGGGGAGUUGUCCAUAAUCUCUGUGAAAAGCAUAAUUUAAACUUCUUAGUAGGAUCGUGGUGGCCUAAGCUAGAAGAAUUAUACGAGGAACGAGUACCUGUGUACAGGUUCAUUCAGAAACCCGGAGAACUUGUCUGGCUAAAUGGCGGCAAUGUACAUUGGGUGCAAGCCUUGGGCUGGUGCAACAAUAUUGCUUGGAAUGUCGGUCCACUAACGGAACACCAGUUUAACUUGUCAGUUGAUCGUUAUGAAUGGAACAAAUUACAAGCCGUUAAGUCAAUCGUCCCGAUGUUGAAUCUCACUUGGAACCUUGCGCGUAAUGUCAAACUGAGCGAGCCCAAACUGGUGGAGCAUAUAAAAUCGCUGCUAGAGAGAUCACUCAGUUAUUGCGAAGUUACGAUAGAAAUUUUAAAGCAAUCAGGAAUCGAAAUUGUGUUUCAUGGUCGAGAAAAGAACGAGGCGGCACAUUAUUGCUCUACUUGCGAGGUUGAAGUGUUCAAUCUGCUGUUUGUGAAAGAAAUAAACCGAAAAUUAAUGGUUCAUUGUCAAGACUGCGCAAGAAAAACAAGUGCGACGUUAGACGGUUUCAAAGUUUUGAAUCAGUUCACGUUAGAGGAAUUGAGAGAGGUUUUCGCCAAUUUUUGCAACAAUUCAAUGCAGAGUCAGCAUCUCGCCCCGCAGCCUAUUUCAUCUUAGCGACCAAAAGGUUUAAGUAAACGAAAACAUUUCAAUUCUAACUUUAUGGACUGAUAAAAACGCUUUUAAAGAAGUAUUCUUCAACGGAUGCCGUAAUUUGCUACGAUUUGGAUAGCUUUUGACAAUUCAACUACGCUUUUUAUCUUUGUAUAUUUCAAUGUAAAUAAAGAUCAUGCGAUUGUCAGUUGACAUUGGUUGCUGCUAGGACCACAUUAACCCCUUUUGUGGCUGUAGGCCCAAUGUUGGAGGUUCCCAGAACUUCUCUUUUUCAAUUACCAGAUAAAGUAUAUAUCGGAAGAUGUUCAAAUGUUUAAUCACUUAUAACUAGGCAACCAUGUUCUUCAGAUCUCAUUCUUAAGGCAAGACUUGUAGGACCUUGUGUUGACACUUUUUUCUGUGUUGUAUUGAAGCAUGCCUGUACAGAUGGUUCAUGCUCUGAGUUUGUUUGUAGUUCCUUCCUGGCAGAUUUGCAUUGUUCUACGCCCAAGGGCUCUUUGAACACAUCUUUUGGCUCCUAUGGCCUGCAAGUCGUUUACAAAUGAUACUUAUAAACUAGUGUCCGUUGGACUUCUCCUCUGCCACACUGCAGUUUGUUAUUUAGUGUCUGGUCGAUAUAUUUUAUUUCAUUUAGCAACCAAUGACAACUUUCAACAACUUAAUGUUUAUGAAUAAAUUUCAGGUCAGUGCUUAAAGGUUUUGUGGAUAUUUUUUGUGUCAGUUGCGUAAUAUGAUUAUCAUUUAAAUGUUGUGAACUUAAGCCAUGUUCAAACGCGCAAAACAUUCCAGCCCCCAUUGCCAGAUGGUGCGGAGAAGCUAGUUCCAUGUCAGUUAAUUAAUAUAGAUUUGUCUGACAAAUCCUGACUGCUUUUUUAAAAAUGUUUUUCGAUUUCCUACAUUCCUUUACGAGCAUCUAAACUUUUCAUCUUUUUUAAAUGGAUAUCCACCCUCCCGAAUCCAUGAAUGGCCUGCAUGAAUUAAUUAACAUCACUUACUAUGCUCCAAUGGCGAUGCGCUUGUUCUUGUAUCUGAUUUCCAAAAUCGCUGUUUGAACCUGGCUUUCUUUCCUUAGUUCUAAUUCCUAAUGAUGCUCUUCGUGUUCUUUUGAUGAUUAAUGCGAACUCAUAUGCACAUUUUGGGUCUCCCCCUUCCAAUUUUUACCUCUGAUGAAUAAUCAGAAUGGUAGUCUCACAGUAUAAUGAAAUUUAAACCAACAGUUUAAGCAUAACUUGAAUAACAGCAAAUGUGUUCGACUAUGGAAGUGCGAUGUGAUUGAUAAAUGAGUGUGAGCUCUGCCUUCCUGUUUGUUUCUUCAUGGGAACAAAGGGAAUAUUUAUAAACUAUUUGUAUCAAUGCGAGCAAAGAAGACAUUAAGAACAAACGGGUAUGAUCAGAACACCUACCCUUAUUUAGAAAUGAGGGAAGGUAUUUCUGUUCUGUUUUGUUAUUAAUUUGGGCUGUUUCGUUUUAUUGAAGCAAAAUUCUUAUAGUAUUUAAGGCGAUUUCUGUCAAAACAAUUGCAAAGUAUGUAUUUGAAGAGUUUUUAAUUUGGUUCAUAUUAAUCUUCAUUCACUCAAGAAA